UCGACCCGUGCGCCAUACGGUCGUCACACGGUGUAGUGGUGCGCAGUGUGUAGUCUCACCGGUUCUCAUCAUCGUCCCCCCGUCGUCCUCGUCAACGGAGCAAACAUCUUCUCCGAGGAUAGGACCUCGAUUUGCACGAGGGAGGAGAAACGACCCGUGCGUGAAGUGCGUCUGAAGAAUUCCGCAAGGUAUCCUCUAAGCUGGAGGAAUCAUCAUCGUCCGAGCGGAAGCAUUAUUGCCAGCAAAAAUCAUUACCGCUUGUCUCCCGCGAACUUGCGCUGACGAAGACUCGCUGAGUUGAAGACCUGUCUGAUCAAUCCCUACGUGACACGUGUAGUGCUGACUUAACGUUCCGCGACGGUCUCACAGGACGGUCCUCGAAAUCGCUACGGACAAGUUUGCUGGCUUAUCCGUCUGUCAGACAGUUCGGAUCAGUGCGCGUUCAUUGAGAACACCUGCGAGAUCUCGAUAACCCGAUGUUCAAAGCGCGAAGGGUCGAUGGAGGAUUGUGAUGCAGUUAUCCUUACUCGCCGUGCUACUCCGUGGUAACAUUCUCUGCACAGUGUGAGAGCGACCCCGCAAGUAUCACGCCUCAUCUUUGUGAAUUCGCGCCGUAAUGACCAGCAGUGUGCUCCUGCGGGCCGAGAGACUCGAGGAAGGCUCAACCGCACUCACAAAGUGCACUCCUUUGCGAAACGUGCGAUCGCCAUGAAGAGAUUGUGAUUAGUGCCAAAGUACAUCGGUGUACACGUCGAAUGCAAGUAUGCUCCGAUCACGAUUGCUGCACGACGAGGUGACUGCAAACGCGCGGGAAUCGCUGCCGAUGGAACGUUGAAGUAACCACCGUCUUCGCUCCAACUGUCGUGCCGAUUGAAAAAGACUAGAUAACUUCUAAUGAUGUAGCAACACUAAUAAUCAAGCAAGCCAUAUUCAGCAUCCUGAUGAACGGAACUUACUCAUCGCACACCGCAGAAGAACAAAUUUGCCACAGCUGUCGCAGACUUAAGACUCCACGCGGAAUGAGACCAAAUGGAGGAAUUAUAUCAUAAAACGGCCGAUGAGAAACACAUCCCCGCUGACGUGGCGCGUUUCAACGUGAGCCGAGUAGCUUACCCGGCAGCUUGAUCCCCCCGAUGCCGACGAUCCGAGCAUUGUCGUAGCGCAUACGAACCUCGCUCGGGCCCCCUUCGACACGCUAGAUCCGAAAUAAAUCAUCCGAGUCGUUUCUCUCAAGGUGCUCUCGAAAGCGGAAUUCCAAGAGGGAGAGGGAGGGAGCAACCCGAACUCGCUUUCCCGAUUUCGCGACGCCCUGAGCCGUGAGAGAGCGGAUUAUGCCUCGCACGUAGUAGCUCGUCGGCUCGCGAUCGGUCCGGCUCGAUUUUCGGCACCAGUCAGUCGGAUCCAGCCAGGCCCGGGUGGUCAUGGACGCGAGCGUGGAGGAGACCGAGCUGGACGUCGGCUCGGCGAGCGACGAGCUGGAGUCGUCGGUGGCGGAGUCGAGGCACACGCGACGCCCGACGCCGCGAUCCUUCACGAUCGAGAGCCUGAUCGGGGGUGCACGCGAGGUCCACGACACCGGCGGCAGCGGCGUCGCGAGGGAUGACCGGACCAACGGCAGCGAGGAGGAGGACCACCGGGAUCGGGAGUACCAGCUCUAUCAGAGGCACUACUUGGCGACCGCCGCCGCGAGCACGCUGCCAUCGGGUUUCGGCGUGCCGCUCGGCCUCUACAGCGCCUGGCUGCCGAUGCGGAUGUACGGCGGUGGCGGUGCAUCCGGUGUCCCGAUGCUGCCGCCGCAGCAUCCGUCCGCCGGCUACCCGGCGCACCCUGAGCUGCACCAGAGCCGAUUGAGUCAGCAUUCGGCACCGAUACCCGGCCACCCGCAGGGCUACUAUCCGCUGGACAGUUGCCGUCGCGCUGCGAACCAGCGGGCGCCGAGCAGCUUCACCGACAGCGAGGACGAAGAGGGCAGCGUCGGCUCGCCGGCCUCCCCGGCUCACGACCUCUCCAAGUCGCGGCACGGCUCCGAGAACGGCCGAGCGUCGGCUGAGAGCGACGACGAGGGCGGCGGGGCUGCGGGCUCCAGCGAAGGUCACGACGUCUCCGAUGGCCCGGUCAGCGGCGUCGGCAGCGUCGCUACUAGUCCCAACGGUGGCACCUCGGAGAACGGCCAGAGCUCGUCGGGGUCGAGCACGGGCGGCAACAAGGCCCGCCGACGGCGCACCGCCUUCACCUCGGAACAGCUGUUGGAGUUGGAGCGCGAGUUCCACGCGAAGAAGUACCUGAGCCUGACGGAGCGCUCGCACAUAGCGCACGCGUUGAAACUGUCGGAAGUCCAGGUGAAGAUUUGGUUCCAGAACCGGCGCGCCAAGUGGAAGCGGGUGAAGGCCGGGCUUAGCGGCGGCGGCGUCGGCGUCGGCUCAGCGGCGGCGGCGGCGGCGGCGGCGGCGAUGACGCCCUCCGGUGCCUCUGGCCGCCACAACGGUGCCACGGGACAACACACCGGCUCUGGUACCAGGAUCGUAGUGCCGAUUCCGGUGCACGUGAGUCGCUUGGCGGUUCGGUCGCACCAUCACCACCUGGAGAAGUGCGCGAGGGCGCCGCGUGCGAGACCGGCGCCGCCCACGGGCGACGGUGGGCCCGCGGGGACGGCUGCGUCGUCGAUGUUGGGCGACGCUUUGGGACUGGUGAACUCGUCGAUGAACUUGACAGGUCAGGUGCAGCCACCCUUGGGCGCCGGUAUGGGGGUGGAGAUUGGCGUCGGGGGCGGCCUGAGGGCCUUCGCAGUGCCAGCGCACCGGGCCGGUCUCGGGUCCUCCGGGAGGUAGUGAACGUCGUGGACGAUGAACAGCCGGUACGGAUGUGGGAUGUGAGAGGAAAGGAUAGAGGUAGAUUCAUCGGUGGUAGGAUGCGCGGCAAGAUGGAGAGACGGAUCGAUCGCGCGGGACACGCGAGAGUGGGUAUAGGUGGGAAACGCUCUUCUGCACCACGUGACAUUUCGCAGGCCGCGUUCAGUGUCAACCUUGAUGAAUGUGGAAUAUCGCGAGGAGAGACGAAAGCGGGGCGAGUCUCUUGUCCUUUUCUUCCGGUUCGUCCCUUGAUUCAAAAUGCGGAAGCAGAAUUCGUUGAUUUAUUCGCGUUCGCCGGAAGAAAGAUCUCAGCUCGGGCGGUCGCAUAGAAAGCAAACGAGCACUCGAGGAACGACAAUUCCGUUGCCGCGACCGAGAACGUUCGUUUGUUCAAAUACUCAUCUGUCGCGGUUAAAACUCGGUCGAGGCAAACUGAGGACGAUCGACUGGUUAAGAGGAACCUUCUGCAGGAACCUCCCGACGGUUUGCCGACAACCAAGUCGUGUUCUCUAUUCGUCUCAGACAACGCAAAAUUUACACAGCUACACCAAUCGGGAUCGUUUUUUCUCACGUGCAUCAUUCCGGUCUCAUCGAGCGUGGAGACUGAUAAUUUUCCGAGUUUUCGCGAGAACUUCGCUUGUUGACCUCUCCUUCGUGAUAACCGAUCGAACGGUUCUUUGCUUCGAAAAUAGCAGAGAAUUUUCGCCUUGUCUAUUUCGACUGCCGUGCACUUUCCAGUGAAUUAUUUCGAGAUCUACAAGGCUCCUAGUCCCUUCUCGGUCGUUCCCGAUCGUUUCUGUCGCCGCGUCGAUCACAAUCUGUGCGGAGAGUACAGUCGAGAAGUCAGCGGCUCAGCCGCGUUUCCGAGCGCUCGAUCCUCGAUCCCGACGCGGGAGUGCCGAUCUCGCGCAUUGCCGAUCUGGCGCAUUGUAAAUAACGUGGAUCUUAACAGUUUGUACAUACACGCACACGCAC